AUGAGUGAAGAUGAAGAUUCAAAAAUUGUUCAAAUAAUGGGUUUAGACUUUAAUAACUAUGUUGCAAAAGACGCAAGAUUAACAAUUGGUAUAAGCGUUGUCGCCAUUAUUUUAGAAAUUGCCUCUGCAAUCUUAUUAUUUAAGACAAAACCUGAAAUAAUGCUUGAGCGCAGAGCCAAAAUAUAUUCAUCCAUGGCGUGGAUCUUUGCUUCGGACUUUAUUUGGACAUUUUGCCUUGCAGUUAUGGGAGCAGUUCAAAUGUUCAUGGAAAUUGUGGCGGUCAGCUAUUGUUUUGUUCCUUUGCUUGCAUAUAUCCUAUACAUAUCAAUUACAAUGGGUUUAUUUGGCAGACCUUUUGUUCAUCAAUAUAUUCUUAUUGUGAUUUACGUAUAUGCAAUUUUAUUCUCUCUAUUCAUCUUCUAUACAACAUCCCCACUUGGAAAACUCUAUCCGAUUAUCGGUUCCACUAAUAGUCAGAAACUACAUCAGUCAUCAUAUUUCCAAAAGUAUGCUCCAUUAAGUUUAGCCGUUAAUGUUAUUCAAAUAUGGUUUUCAGUCCAGUUGUGUUUCGUUUUCAAGCGUUCAAAGCCAAAAAUACCUCAUGUCCUUGUUACGUUAUCAGAUAUCUUACUGGUUUUCUCAUUUGUUGCUGUUUUAGUAUAUUCUGUUUUCUUCCCAUGCUACAUUGCUGGUGUUUGGGAGCUUAUUGUUUUCUUAGCAUGCUUCUUUUCACUCAAUGCAUCUCGCAAAUUCUUCUUCAGACUACUUUCUGUCAUUCACAAUGUUCUUUUCAGUGCAAUAUACGUAACAUGUUUGAAUUUAUUCUAUUCUGCAGAAAAAGCAGAGAAAAGUGUACCAGAUUUAUUUGUAAAAGUUUUACAACCGAUCGGUUUUUAUCACUUUUACAAGAAAGGCGUUGAAGCAGAAAGCAAAAACAGGGAGUUCAUGUUUGUUCUCCUUGGUUUCCUUUUGACAUCAAUUUUAGCUCAAAUCGGUAGAGUUGUUCACUUCAAACCUCCAAAGCACCAUGAAAAUGAAGAAGGUGUUGAGUUGAAUGACAUCAUUGAUGAGCCAAAAAAGAAGAAAAAGAAAGAGCCAGGAGUUGUUUUGAAGUUCAUCAUCAGAAUUGCAACAAUUAUCAAGAAUAUUGUUGUAUUUAUCUUCAAGAAUUUAUCAGUUGGAGCCGUCGUUGUUUUAGGUAUCACAUACGGAUAUCAAGAAAAUCAGUAUUGUUUCAAUGGUAUUUGUGCAUUAAUUCUUAUCACUAAUGUUCUUGGUUUAUUCCAUUGCCCAAUCUUUUAUUUCAUUAUGUUCCUUACAGGAUUAAUCAUUAUCACAGCCACUGUCUUCGAAACAAUGCCAGAAGAAUAUAUUAAAAAUGACGAAGUUUGGCAAUUUUUGGUGAAAACAGGAUUGAAAAGGGGUAAAACAGAAGCAGAAUUACCCAUUUAUUUGUGGCCUUACAUUGCUAUGGUAUUCUUAUGUGUCUUAAUCACUCAUAUGGGCAAAGUUAAAGUUAUCUAUCCGUCGACAGUUGUCAUGUUCAUUUUUUGGGCUUUAGCUUUACUUCACCUUGCCUAUUUAUAUGUUUUUGGACCAAAUAUUUUCUCGGUCGUUUAUGUAAUCACUGGUAUUUUCAUCUUUUAUUCAAAAGUUCUUAACAAAGUCCUUCUUACAAAAAUUGCCAUCAUUGUUUCUGGUAUCUCUGUUUCAUUGCACUUGACAAUGCUCAUGUUCUCAGAGUUCGCCAACACAAGAGACUUUUUGAUGUCAAUCAAAUUUAAAAUUGGAAAAGAUGAAGAUAAACUCACUAUGAAAGAUAUAAUUGAUCUUACAACACCUCAAACGCCAGGAUGGGAAGCUGCUAUGCUUGCAGUUACGAUGUUCUGUAUCUCAUUGACAUAUAUGAAUACAAAUCCUCUACAGAAGAAACCAAGUAUUUGGAUUCAAGGAAUUCGUGAGGAAUUCAAAGCUGUUUUAAGAUCACUAUUCUUCUAUAUUUCAUGGCUUUUGAUGUUCUUCUUCUCUAUUUCAAAUUCAUAUCCAACAGUUAUCAAAUGUGUUAUCUCAAUCUUCUUCCUUUUGGGUUUAAAAAUGGCAAGGUUCUUUAACAAACUUGUUGGAAUAUUGCUCUAUUCAAAUACAAUUUAUAUAGUUAUUGAGGUGUUUUUGUCAGUUUUUCCAAAAUUGACAGCAAGAACAGAAGGGCAAACUUACGCUCAAUAUGAGCCGAUACGAAAAUGGUGUGAAUACAUUGGCCUCUACUUUGUUGAUGGUGAUAAAGGACAGGGAGAUAGAAACUACUCAAUGACAUGGCAACUUUUGUUUAUUCUUGUAAUCAUUGUCAAUAUGAUUGCAGAACAUCCAGAACCAACUGAUCCAAAAUUUGACAAUUCAUUGGGAAUGAGAGUAUACAGGGCAUUCUACAUGAUGUUGCACAACUGGUUACCUGUAUUUGUGAACAUUUCAUUGUGUGUUUCAACACUUUACAAUCCAACAGUUUUUGGUUUCUUUUCAUUGUUAGUUUUGAUCAUUGUUCAGUUUAAGCCAAAAGUUCUCCAAAGAGGUGCUGUUUGGAUCUCGGUUCUUUUCAAUUUCUGUUCCUCUUCCAGUACGUUAUAUGGCUUGGCCCUCCAACUCGUUACUAUUUCAUCAGUGAAAAGCUUGAAAACGAAUGGGGAGAUUUCUUGUCAUUGA